AUGUCCGCAGUUCAGCCUGUUGCUGUCUACGCCCUCCGGGUCCCUCCCGGUGCUAUGGUGCCCGCUGUGCCAAAUGCCGCGGCCUCGUUCCGUGUGAGCAUGGCUGCUAUUGACCCUGAUGAGGAGCCUGAGUUCGAGGAUGGUGACUCCAGCAAGCCUGCCCGCGCCACCCUGAAGAUUGUUCGCCCUCCUCCUGGUCUCGAUAUGGAUGACUCCGAUGACGAGGACUACAGCGACGAGGAGGAUGAUGAGGACGACUCCGAUGACGAGGAGGUCAACGGUGGCCCCAGCGACAAGGAAAAGGCCCGCAAGCUCAAGCAGGCCGCCGCCCAGAAGGAGCUCGAGGAGGCCAUGGAGGAGGAUGACGAUGAGGACGAGGAUGAUGGUGGUUUUGAUCUGAAGGCUGCUAUUUCAAAGCUCAUCAAGGGCAAGGGCCCUGCUACCGAUGAUGAUGAGUCUGAUGAUGAGUCCGACGAAGGUCUCGACCUUGACGAGAGUGUCAUCUGUACCCUGAGCGCCGACAAGAACUGCCAGCAACCUCUGGAUAUCACUGUCUGUGAGGGUGAGCGUGUUUUCUUCAAGAACACCGGUAGCCAGACUGUCUUCCUCACCGGCAACUACGUUAUUGGUCUUGAUGAGGGCCACCCCGACGAGUAUGAUGAGGAUGAGGAAGAUGACUACGACCUCUCUCCUGACGAGGAUGAGCUUGAUAUGGAUGCGAUUAUGGCCAUGGAUGACGACGAGAGCGACGACUUGGAUGGGAUGGACGACCCUCGCAUCACGGAGGUCGACAGCGAGGAGGAGGCCCCCAAGCUUGUUCAGGCCAAGGGCAAGGGCAAGAACAAGCGCGCCGCCGAGUCUGAAGAGGAUGGCCUCGACGACAUGAUGGCCAAGGGUGCCAAGGGCAAGACCGCCAAGGAGGAGCCCGCCCUAACCAAGGCUCAGCAGAAGAAGCAGAAGAAGAACAACGGCGAAGCUGCCGCCGUUGAGCAACCCAAGAAGGAGACCAAGACCGACAAGAAGGAGGCCAAGACCGACAAGAAGGUUCAGUUCGCCAAGAACCUCGAGCAGGGCCCCACUCCUUCUGGCGAUAAGCCCACAGGCACCCUCGGAGUGAAGGAGGUCCGUGGCGUCAAGAUUGAUGACAAGAAGCUAGGUAAGGGUGUCGCUGCCAAGAGCGGCAACACUGUUGCCAUGCGCUAUAUCGGCAAGCUCGAGGACGGCAAGGUCUUCGACUCCAACAAGAAGGGCAAGCCCUUCACCUUCAAGCUCGGCAAGGGCGAAGUCAUCAAGGGCUGGGACAUCGGUGUUGCUGGUAUGGCUCCCGGUGGUGAGCGCCGUAUCACCAUUCCUCCUCAGCUCGCCUAUGGCAAGAAGGCUUUGCCUGGCAUCCCUGGCAACUCCAAGUUGAUUUUCGAUGUCAAGCUGCUGGAGAUCAAGUAA